AUGAAGGAAUCAUCAAAAGGAAAGAAAAGCAAUGAGAAGCUAUCUAAAGAUGUGAUUGCUAAAUCAAUGGACCUGAAGAAGGAAUCAAAAGCCUGCAGAUCUACUCGGCCUCAAUCAAGAAAAUCAGAUUACCAAUCAAGAAAUUACUACACUGAUGAGCAAGUUGUUGUCAUAACUGUGAAUGCCAAAGCAAAAAAUCAAUUGUACAAUGCUAUCAAUGGUGAAGAAUAUGAAAAGAUCUCAAGUUGUGAAACUGCUAAGGAGAUAUGGGACAAAUUAGAAGUCACAUAUGAACGGACCAACAAGGUAAAUGAAACGAGGAUAAAUAUAUUGGUCCGUGAGUAUGAGCUAUUUCAAAUGAAGGACGGAGAAUCUGCUGAAGAAAUGUUCUCCAGGUUCAGCAAAAUUCUUGGAGAUCUGAAAUCCUUUGGUAGAACAAUAAAAGGCGGAGGACAGGAUCUUGAUAAAAUGUCCUAUGAUGAACUAAGUGGUGAUCUAAUAGCUUUUGAGAAAACUCACUUGGAUAGACAGAUUCAACAAGAAAAGAAGAAAACAGUCGCCUUCAAAGCAACUGUGGCUGAACUAGAGGAUGAAGAAGAAAAUGAAGGAGGAGAACAGGAUGAAAAUAUAGCUAUGCUUUCUCAAGUUGGAAGGAUAAACAAUGAAAAUGAUGGAAGAUGCUACGAAUGUGGUAAACAUGGACACAUUCAAGCUGACUGUCCAGAACUAAAGAAGAAGCUGAGCAGGAAUCUUCAAAGGAAUAAGUCUUUUGGAGCCUGGAGUGAUGAAGAUGAGUCUGAUCAUGAAGAAAUUGCAAAUAUGUGCUUCAUGGCCAUAGAAGAUGAUAGCAAUGAAAAAUCAGGAGAGCGUGGGUUCUCAAGAAACAGAGGAAUAAAUGAAGAAGUCAACUUGGUCUCAUGGCAGAAGAGGGAACUAGUGAGGAACACCGCAAGAAGAAUCGAAAAAGAAAAUGACAGUCAGCAAACUAGAUGGGGAACAGUCACAUUUGGAGACAAAUCCAAAGGAAAUGUAAUUGGUGUUGGAAAAGUUCCUCUAAGCUCAACAUGUGAUGUAGAUAAAGUCUACCUGGUUGAUGAACUCGGCUACAAUCUUCUCAGCAUUAGUCAAUUAUGUGACAAUGACUACGAGGUUCAUUUUAAGAAACAUGGUUGGUUCAUAGAAGAUGAAUCAGAUAAAGUCACUCUUUCAGGAAAACAAACUCGCUCAUCUUUCAAAAUCAAGAAUUUUGUUUCCACCUCAAAAGCUCUCCAACUAUUGCAUUUGGAUUUAUUUGGUCCAACUAGAACUGCUAGCAUAGGUGGUAGAAAAUAUGCUUUUGUCAUUGUGGAUGAUUUCUCUAGAUUUACCUGGUUCAAUGAGAAAAGGAUUGCUACAUCUCUUCUAUCAGAAGUGAUCAUGGAGGAGAAUUUGAAAGCAGAGCUUUUGAAAACUUUUGCAAAGAUCAAGGGAUCUCUCACAACUUCUCUUCACCAAGAUCUCCGCAAUAAAAUGGAGUGGUGUCUGAUUCGACCAAGUCUCAAAAAGACACCGUAUGAAUUGUGGAAUGGUAAGAAACCCAAUAUUAGCUAUUUUCAUCCUUUUGGAUGCAAAUGUUUCAUUCACAACAAUGGAAAGGAUAAUUUGGGUAAGUUCGAUCCUAAAAGUGAUGAAGGUAUAUUUCUUGGUUACUCUCCUUCAAGUAGAGCAUAUAGAGUUUUUAAUAAAAGAACACUCUGCAUUGAAGAAUCAACUCAUGUUGUUUUUGUUGAUACUAACCCUCGUCCAAGGAGUGAAAAACUUCCUGAAGAUGAGGAAAUUCCUUUUGUCCCUAAAUCUGUCAUUACAGGAAAGGAUCAUCAAAGUGAGUCAGUUGAUCAGCAAACUCAACCAGUUGAAGAGUCUGUAGAAAUUCACGAACCAUCUCAAACAGAUCAGUCGACUAAUGUAGAAAGAGAUCCUCCCUCAAACACUCCAAAUGAAUGGAAAAGCGAACCUGGCUAUCCUCACAAAUUUAAUAUAGGAGAUCCACAGGAAGGAAUCACUAUAAGAAGAUCUCAGAAGAGCAAAUCUCAUGUGGCUCUUAUUUCUCAACUUGAGCCAAAGAAAGUGGAUGAAGCUUUGAAAGAUGCUCACUGGAUAAGUUCUAUGAAAAAGGAACUAGAUCAAUUUGAAAGAAACAAAGUAAGGGAAUUGGUUCCAAGGCCUUCAAACUCCUCAAUCAUUGGAACUAAAUGGGUAUUCAGAAACAAAUUGAAUAAAUCUGGUCAAGUGGUUCGAAAUAAAGCAAGAUUGGUUGCUCAAGGAUACUCUCAGCAACAAGGAAUCGACUAUGACGAAACCUUUACUCAUGUAGCAAGACUUGAAUCCAUUCAAAUAUUACUUGCUUUUGCUACUCACAAAGGCUUCAAGUUAUUUCAAAUGGACGUUAAAAGUGCGUUCCUAAAUGGCUACAUCUCUGAAGAACUAUAUGGAAAACAACCACCAGGAUUUGCAAACAUCACCUUUCCUGAUCAUGUAUACAAGCUGACCAAAGCUUUGUAUGGUCCAAACAAGCUCCGCGUACCUGAUAUGAAAGGUUAA